AUGGCAAAGCCGUUCUACAGACUUCAACGCUUCUUGCGGCGGACUCAGUUGCUUUUUCUCUUCCUGGGUGUGGCUUACAUCAUGGCAGGAAGUGUCCUCUUGCUGCAGAGAUCAGGACUGGUGGUUUCUCAGCGUGGUAGCUUGCUCCCUCCACCCUCGCUGCCUUCACCUCCACGAGCACUCGAGGCUCCUGCUUUCAGGACUGGGCAUAUUGUGAUGGCUUCACAGUUGGGGAGAAAUAUGUAUCAGGCUGGUCAGGCAGAUGAUGGGAGAGAAGCACAAUGGCUGAUGUCACGGAACCAAGAGAUCCGGCAUCUUCGGCGGCGCUGGUUCCACAGUCUGAUGUCAGAGCAGGACACGAACAGGGUGGAGAGAGUUACUCCGAAGAGGAAAGUCAUGCACAAAGGAACCUACAUUGGAUGUUUUUUGGAUGAUGCUAAAGACCGAACCCUGAAAGGCAUGGUGUUCUAUGAUUUCCGCAAAAUGACCAGCACGUUAUGUCAAGACACGUGCACAGAGAGUGGGUACCAGUAUGCUGGCCUGGAGUAUGGGUCCGAGUGUUACUGUGGCAACCGCAUAGCUGGUGCCCGGAUGAAGGAGGAAGAGUGUCAUCUGGACUGUAAAGGAGAGAAGGGAUCUAUCUGUGGGGGCGUGGCCCGUCUGUCUGUCUACAAAGUGGAGGAGGUUCUUCCCAGCCAAAGGAGAUACAGGAACGUACGCUAUCGUGGCUGCUUCAGAAGACCAGACAACACCUCUGCGGCAUCUCUGAUCCGCAUGGUUCAGCCUAACCUCACCUCCCAGAUGUGCAUCGAGGCCUGCAUGGACAAGGAGUUUCCGUUAGCCAUGCUGAGCGCUCCGGAGUGUUUCUGCGGCUACACUACUCCACAGUUCUCCCUCCAUGAUCCAGUCAACCAAGAACACUGUACUCAGAACAACAGCAGCCUGGUGGCUGAAAAACCACACCCCUACUUCCUGCAGGUCUAUCAGACCCCCGUGCAGGACUCCAGAUGUACGGAGAGAAGAUUCCUGCCAGAAAAGUUGACCCGGUUGGUGGCUCUGUCCAGUUUUCCUGGAGCAGGGAACACCUGGGUGAGACACCUGAUCGAGCUCGCUACUGGAUAUUACACAGGCAGCUACUACUUCGACGGCACACUUUACAAUCGAGGCUUCAAGGGUGAGAAGGAUUACUGGAAAAGUGGACGCACCAUCUGCGUGAAGACGCACGAGAGCGGCAAGCGUGACAUCGAGAUGUAUGACUCGGCCAUCUUGCUGAUUAGAAACCCGUACCGUUCUCUCAUGGCCGAGUUUAAUCGCAAAUGUGCAGGACAUCUCGGCUUCGCCUCGGACCAGCACUGGAAGAGCAACGAAUGGCCUGAGUUUGUGGGCAGUUACGCAUCCUGGUGGGCGUCUCACGUCCUCGACUGGCUCCGAUUUGGCCAGAAGCUGCUGGUGAUUCAUUAUGAAGAGCUGCAGGAGUCGCUGGUGCCCAGACUCCGCUCUGUUAUCGCCUUUCUCAAUGUCAGCACCAGCGAAGAACGUCUGCUCUGCGCCGAAACCAACAAGGACGGGCAUUUCAAACGCUCCAGUGCGCAUCGGCCCACCUUUAACCCCUUCACCCCGGACAUGAGACGCUUGAUUGACAGUUAUAUUACAGUAGUGGAUCAGGCACUCAGAGACAGCAACCACAGUGGCCUGCCUCAGGAGUACAUCCCAAGAUGA